GACAAGUUUCUUGGUGCAGCUGUUGGUUGGAAUUCGGUGAAAUAGGUAUUAAAUUAACUCAAUUCUACUAUUAUCGACUAAAAUAGUGAUUUUAGAGGCGCUAUUUAGUAAGGAAACCUAGUUGUCUUCGUCUCAGACUUUUGGAAGAAGAUAAAGAUGCUUGUCCGGGGGCUCAGCAGGACACUAUGGAGCACACUGCGGUUGGAAACCCGUCUCCUGUCAUCAAAAACUGUUAAUCCUGAACCUGCCAUUGAAACAAAAGAUGGAGUGGAUCCUGUGCAGGCUGAAUCACUAGAUAGGGAUAUAUGCCUGUUAGUGGAUGAGAAGGACACAUUCAUUGGCACAGCAACUAAAAGGGAGUGCCACAAGGUGGCCCCCGAUGGUAGCAUUCCACUGCACAGAGCAUUCAGUGUCUUCCUGUUCAACAAACGUGGGGAUAUGCUCCUGCAGAGGAGAUCUAGCCAGAAGGUGACAUACCCGGACUACUACACAAAUGCGUGCUGCAGCCACCCGCUGUUCAUCGACAACCAACAAGAGGAUGUCAUCACCGCAGCCAGGAGGAGGCUCAACUUGGAACUGGGAAUACCUUUGAACCAGAUGGAGCCGGAGCAGUUCACGUUCCUGACGCGGAUCCACUACCACGACCCCGGCGACGGCGUGUGGGGCGAGCACGAGGUGGACCACAUCCUGGUGUUACAGGCCGACGUCAAGAUCAAGCCCAACUCGGACGAGAUAUCAGAGUACUGCUUCGUGCCCAAGAAUGAGUUUAACUCGUUCCUCCCAACCCUAGAGGGGCCAAUCACCCCCUGGUUCAACAUGGUACGCAGACACCGGCUUAAGCUAUGGUGGGACAACCUUCACCGCAUCAAGGAACUCGCUCAACCAGACAAGAUACACAAGUUUAAGACAGACGACAAAUAAAUGCAACUUUACUUUUAAAAAUGAAAUUUAACAAAUACUGGCUGCUUAUUUUUUAAUUGUAUUCGUAGCUGUACCGUUUUGGGUUUGGAUCAAUCCAAAUCUUUCAUCCUUAAAAAAAAUGUCCGUAUACACAACAGGACCCUUCGUCUGAUUCGAUCGACAACCAGAGUUUCACUUUCGUAAUAUUUAGUACCUUCCGAGUAGUGUAAGAAAAAUAAUAGUACCUUUACAGUUAAACAAAAAACUUGAAUUAAUUUCCAGCAGGACCCUCCGUGGUUUGAAGGUCUUCAGACCAUUGGUGUAUAUCCCUGUAUAGCGGUGCAUUAGUACCUUCAGAUUAUCUUCGUUUUCUUUUAAAACAAAUAUUAGUUUAUAAGAAAUAAAUCUACAAAAUUUUUAUACUGCCAGCAGGACCCUUUUUUGUUUUGGUGCUUUCAGUCCAGACAUUCAUAUUUCCUAGCAGCAGUAUAUUAGUACUUUUCAAAAAAAUAUCGCUUAAUUAAAAAAAACCUAACCAUUAUUAGCACAAAAAUAUUUUAAAUAACCUGAACGACAAUACGUAACUGCACAAAUGAACCUCUGUUACUAAUAUGCGAUAUGACACUACGAAAUCGGUUAUUUUUUUUCAUCUACCCUCAAUUUUGUAAAUUAUUGAAUUAUAUGUUCUUCGACGAUUAAACUACGUACCUACCUAAAAUAACAUGAAAACUAAAUUUUUAUUUAAUUGGUUGCAUCACAUAAAUAAAACAAUAAUAGGUAAAGUAAACUCCGGGAAUAGAAGUAACGUUAUGCUAUUUAGAAUAUUUUCCCUGAUAAUGAAUCAGAGUCUUAUUACUAUUACUUUAUACUACUCAUUUUUUAACGAAGCGAUAUUUUUUUGAAAAGUACUAAUAUAUUGCUGCUAGGAAAUAUGACUGUCUAGACUGAGAGCACCAAAACAAAAAAGGGUCCUGCUGGCAGUAUAAAAAUUUUGUAGAUUUAUUUCUUAUAAACUAAUAUUUGUUUUAAAAGAAAACGAAGAUAAUCUGAAGGUACUAAUGCACCGCUAUACAGGGAUAUACACCAAUGGUCUGAAGACCUUCAAACCACGGAGGGUCCUGCUGGAAAUUAAUUCAAGUUUUUUGUUUAACUGUAAAGGUACUAUUAUUUUUCUUACACUACUCGGAAGGUACUAAAUAUUACGAAAGUGAAACUCUGGUUGUCGAUCGAAUCAGACGAAGGGUCCUGUUGUGUAUACGGACAUUUAAAAAAAUAAAUAUUCUAGCUAAAUAUUCAAAUAACUUUUUUAUUUUAUUUCCGAAAUUAAAUAAUUGAAUAAUAUUAAAAUCUAGUGGCCAGUAUUUUUUCCAACAGAGUGUAGGUUUUAGUUCGGGAAAAGAUUAAUUUUAUUGCAUAUUUAUUGUAUUGUAUUACCUAUUAUUGCUUUUUAUUAUGUAUAAGUAGAAUUCGUUAUUAUAUUAUAAUCAAAAGUGCAUUAUUGUAGAUAGUCUAGUCUAUGGCCACCUAAGUUUAUACGAUUGAUAAUUUGUAUAUGAUAUCUUUAUGGGGAUAGAUUACCUUGUAUUAUAAAAAAUCGAUGUAAAACGGGUGCUUCUAAUUCUAAUACAGAUUUCUACCUAA